AUGUCGCCCUCCGCGGUUGAUGACGCUCCCAAGGCCAGAGGGGCGGCCAUCUCAGUCAAGCCCAACAUUGGCGUCUUCACGAACCCCAAGCAUGAUCUUUGGAUUAGCGAAGCCGAACCUAGCGCCGAUGCCGUCGAGUCUGGAGCUGACCUGAAGCCCGGCGAGGUGACCAUUGCUGUCCGUAGCACCGGUAUCUGCGGAUCCGAUGUCCACUUCUGGCACGCCGGGUGCAUUGGACCCAUGAUUGUAGAGGGCGACCACAUCCUCGGCCACGAGUCCGCGGGCGAAGUCAUCGCCGUCCACCCGACUGUCACCAGCCUGCAGGUCGGCGAUCGGGUUGCCAUUGAGCCCAACGUCAUCUGCAACGCUUGCGAGCCCUGCCUGACGGGCCGCUACAACGGCUGCGAAAAGGUCGAAUUCCUGUCCACACCACCGGUACCCGGACUGCUACGGCGCUACGUCAACCACCCCGCCGUUUGGUGUCACAAGAUUGGUAACAUGUCUUGGGAGAAUGGCGCGCUGCUGGAGCCUCUGAGCGUGGCCCUGGCCGGCAUGCAGAGGGCCAAAGUCCAGCUCGGCGACCCCGUCCUGGUCUGCGGAGCUGGGCCCAUCGGCCUCGUGUCGAUGCUCUGCUGCGCCGCCGCCGGUGCUUGUCCGCUGGUCAUCACCGACAUCUCUGAGAGCCGUCUGGCGUUUGCAAAGGAAAUUUGCCCCCGUGUCAUCACACAUCAGAUCCAGAUUGGCAAGUCGGCCGAAGAGACAGCCAAGGGCAUUGUCGACUCCUUCGGCGGCAUCGAGCCGGCCGUGACCAUGGAGUGCACCGGCGUGGAGAGCAGCAUUUCUGCGGCCAUCUGGGCCACCAAGUUUGGAGGCAAAGUCUUUGUGAUUGGCGUGGGCAAGAACGAGAUCAACAUCCCCUUUAUGCGGGCGAGCGUGCGAGAGGUCGACAUCCAGCUGCAGUACCGCUACAGCAACACGUGGCCGCGAGCCAUUCGCCUGAUUGAGAGCGGCGUGCUCGACCUAUCAAAGUUUGUCACUCAUCGCUUCACGCUGGAAGAGGCCGUCAAGGCGUUUGAGACGUCGGCAGACCCCAAGAGCGGUGCCAUCAAGGUCAUGAUUCAGAGCCUGGAGUGA